AUUACUAUGAUACGGCGCUAGCAUAUACUCUGUGUUCAGCUGCUCGUGGCUGUUCAAAGAUGGCGCCGUAAGAGCCGUGGUUUGUUUUCCAUGGGUGUAAAGUAUGUUUAAGUGCAUUAACCGAACGGCCCACAUUGCAAGAUAUUGUCAGUCAACAGGAAACGGCGUCCAUAUCAACCAACAUUUUAGGCUGGUGUCAUCCUUACCCCUCAGAAUGACCGACCCAGCUGUGAAGAGGGUGAUCAGUGAUAUAAUUCGCUCUCCCGAGGACAAAAGGGUUUACAGGGGCCUACAGUUUACCAAUGGCUUACAUGCAAUGCUGAUCAGUGAUCCGACCACAGAUAAAUCUUCGGCUGCUUUGGACGUCCAGAUAGGUUCAUUGUCAGACCCACAGAACAUCUCAGGCCUGGCGCACUUCUGCGAACACAUGCUUUUCCUCGGAACAGAGAAGUAUCCCAAAGAGAACGAGUACAGCCAGUUCCUUAGCGAGCAUGCGGGCAGCUCCAACGCCUUCACAAGCGGGGAGCAUACCAACUACUACUUCGAUGUGUCCCACGAGCACUUGCAAGGGGCUCUCGACAGGUUUGCCCAGUUCUUCCUGUGCCCUCUGUUUGAUGAGAGCUGUAAGGACCGGGAGGUGAAUGCUGUGGACUCUGAGCAUGAAAAGAACCUGAUGAACGAUGCCUGGAGGCUUUUCCAGCUGGAGAAGGCCACCGGCAACCCAAACCAUCCUUUCAGUAAAUUUGGAACAGGUAACAAGUUGACGCUGGAAACCAGACCGUCUAAAGAUGGGAUCGACAUCCGCCAAGAACUCCUGAAGUUUCAUUCCACGUAUUACUCCGCUAAUCUCAUGGGACUCUGUGUGUUAGGACGAGAGUCACUUGAUGAGUUGACUUCCAUGGUGGUAAAGUUAUUUGGGGAAGUGGAAAACAAGAACGUCCCUGUCCCAGAAUUCCCUGAGCACCCCUUCCAGGAAGAACACCUCAGACAAUUCUACAAAGUGGUUCCCAUCAAAGACAUCAGGAACUUGUAUGUGACUUUCCCCAUCCCGGACCUACAGAAGUACUACAAAUCCAACCCGGGCCACUAUCUGGGGCACCUGAUUGGUCACGAGGGACCGGGAAGUUUGCUGUCCGAGCUGAAAUCCAAAGGCUGGGUGAACACGCUCGUUGGAGGACAAAAAGAAGGAGCCAAAGGGUUCAUGUUCUUUAUUAUCAACGUGGACUUGACCGAGGAAGGCCUCUUGCACGUCGAGGACAUCAUCUUCCACAUGUUCCAGUACAUCCAGAAGCUGCGCACCGAAGGGCCUCAAGAAUGGGUGUUUGAGGAGUGCAAAGAUUUAAGUAAAGUAGCCUUCAGGUUUAAGGACAAGGAGAGACCCCGCGGCUACACCUCCAAAGUGGCAGGCUUAUUACACUACUACCCUCUGGAAGAAGUCCUAGCAGCAGAGUAUCUUUUGGAGGACUUCAGACCCGAUCUGAUCGAGAUGGUGCUUGACAAGCUGAGACCAGAAAACGUCAGGGUGGCGGUGGUGUCAAAGUCCUUUGAGGGUCAGACAGACAGGACAGAGGAGUGGUAUGGCACGCACUUCAAACAGGAGGCCAUCUCCGAGGACACCAUCAAGAAAUGGGCCAACGCCGACCUAAACGGCAAGUUCAAGUUACCGAUGAAAAACGAGUUCAUCCCAACCAACUUUGAGAUCUACCCUCUGGAGAAGGACUCUCCUUCCGUUCCCACUUUAAUCAAGGACACGGCGAUGAGCAAGGUGUGGUUCAAGCAGGACGACAAGUUCUUUCUCCCCAAGGCAUGCCUGAACUUUGAGUUCUUUAGCCCAUUUGCUUAUGUGGACCCAUUGCAUUGUAACAUGGCCUAUUUGUACUUGGAGCUCCUCAAGGACUCCCUCAACGAGUAUGCAUAUGCAGCCGAGCUAGCUGGCUUGAACUAUGACCUCCAAAAUACCGUCUAUGGGAUGUAUCUGUCGGUCAAAGGCUACAACGACAAACAGCACAUUCUGCUGAAGAAGAUCAUCGAGAAGAUGGCCACCUUCCAGAUCGACGAGAAGCGCUUCGACAUCAUCAAAGAAGCGUACAUGAGGUCUUUGAACAACUUCAGGGCCGAGCAGCCCCACCAGCACGCCAUGUACUACCUCCGUCUGCUGAUGACCGAAGUGGCCUGGACCAAAGAUGAGCUCAAAGAGGCCCUGGAUGAUGUAACUCUCCAUCGCCUCAAGGCUUUCAUACCUCAGCUUUUGUCGCGGUUGCAUAUCGAAGCCCUCCUCCACGGCAACAUCCCCAAAGAGUCCGCUCUUGGCAUGAUGCAGAUGGUGGAGGACACGCUGAUCGAGCACGCCCACACCAAGCCCCUUCUGCCCAGCCAGCUGAUUCGCUACAGAGAGGUGCAGGUCCCAGACGGCGGCUGGUACGUCUACCAGCAGAGGAACGAGGUCCACAACAACUGUGGCAUAGAGAUCUACUACCAGACGGACAUGCAGACCACCCACGACAACAUGCUGCUGGAGCUGUUCUGCCAGAUCAUCUCGGAGCCCUGCUUCAACACGCUGAGGACCAAAGAGCAGCUGGGCUACAUCGUGUUCAGCGGGCCGCGGCGGGCCAACGGCGUGCAGGGCCUGCGCUUCAUCAUCCAGUCGGAGAAGGCGCCGCACUACCUGGAGAGCCGCGUGGAGGCCUUCCUCAGCACCAUGCAGAAGGCGGUGGAGGAGAUGAGCGAGGAGGCCUUCCAGAAACACAUCCAGGCCCUGGCCAUCCGCCGCCUGGACAAACCCAAGAAGCUGUCGGCCGAGUGCGCCAAGUACUGGGGGGAGAUCAUCUCCCAGCAGUACAACUUCGACCGAGAUGGCAUCGAAGUGUCCCACCUGAAGACGCUGACUAAAGAGAACAUAAUGCACUUCUACGGGGAGCGGCUGACCGUCGAGGCCCCGAAGCGACACAAGGUGUCGGUGCACGUCCUGUCCCGAGAGAUGGAUUCCUGUCCCAUCGUGGGAGAGUUCCCGGCUCAGAAUGACAUCAACCUGGCCCCCGCGCCCUCCCUGCCUCAGCCGACGCUGGUCCAGGACAUGACGGAGUUCAAGAGGAGCCUGCCCCUGUUCCCGCUGGCCAAGCCGCACAUCAACUUCAUGGCCGCCAAACUGUGAGCCGGGACGCCACCCUCCCCCUC